AUGGCUCUUGUAGUGCUAAACCACCAAGUGAAAAGUUCACUGACUGAGAAUAACUUUUGUGACAACAGUUCAACAGAGGAAAAGGAGCCUCAACUUAAAAGUUAUCUUAUUUUAACUAUGCUUACCUGCUUUUGUCCUGCAUAUCCUGUCAACAUUAUUGCUUUGGUCUACUCUAUCAUGUCUAGAAACAGCUAUUACAAUGGUGACUAUGAUGGCUCAAGACGGUUGGGCAAGAAUGCUCUUUAUGUCGCCGUUGCUUCCAUCAUCAUAGGCCUACUCGUCAUCACUAUCAUCUGUACUGUGCAUUUCACCACUGUAAGACUUUAUUAA